UUUUAUGCAUAUCAUUAUAUUAUAGCGCCUGUAAUAAGUUAUACUCGGUUACAAUCGUAAACCCGAGCGGCCUCUCCGAUCGGCGGGCGAGCGUCUCUAUCUCCAUGUCGACGCCCGCCGCCCGCCGCCUCUACCCUUCAGUGCGUUCCGAACCAUCGAGCUAUGCGUACGCGCGGUUAUGCUUGCUCCCUUACGUACUCGGGGAAGUCCGUAGCGUUUGUAUUUCGCAUAUGUCCUAACUCUUGUAAAUGUUCGGUUUUAUAUGUUCAAUAUUGUGUAAUAGUGGGUUUUAUUUGACAUUAAACGUAUGUCGUUUUAAAGAACUGAUUUUCUUUGUUUAAAACCCGCCAUAAAAUGGUGCCCAACUCGUGGCCAUAAAAUGGUGCCCAACUCGUGGCCUACGUACCUACGUACCUAAAUAGGCUAUAACUGUGACUAAAAGUGUUUUGUGUUUGUGUUGUGUGCGUAGUUAGUUAAAAACGAACUUGGUAUAUUCGUUUUCUGUAUCUAUGUGUAUAUAGACAAUUUAAACAAGGGUUUCCUUUGUUCAACACAACCCAAUUACAAACAAUUGUUUAACACUUCGAUAGUCGAUACCUAGACUAUUUUAACGAACUUUCUUUGUUUAGUCGUGAUACCUACUUAUUUAUAUCUAUUAAUAGUGCUUCAAACGUGUUGCAACAUAGACAAUAUUGGUAGAGUAAGUUCGUCGAACGGCGAAAUAGACUAUUUUCACAAACUUUAUAAAUAGAUACCUAAUAAGUUUGGACAAUGCCGUUUUAUACUUCAAUUAUUAUUAUUAUUAAUUAAUUGGACAGUAAUUUGCCAAAUAACAAUUUAAAAACAAAUAACAAUUAUUAUUCUAGUGUUAACCCUAAAAUGGUCGCGGAUCUAAAAGACGAUUAAAGACUUGGUAAAUUCAGUGUUUGAUUGAGUAGGUUUUGUGUGUUAGAACAUUUUAUUCAUAAUGCCCCAAACACGUAGUCAAACAGGACUUAGUGAGGAUCAGGAGUCUGUUUCCGAUAUGUCGGCCGCAGACGUGGUACCUGGCGCUGGCGCGAGCCGCGCCUCCUCUCAACCUACUCGGGUCGUAAUGACCGAUCAACAGUUGUCGCGUCUACUGCAGCAGGUGUUGCGUGCUCAGAGUGUGGAUGCACCACCAUCUUCACCGUCAUGUGUAUCAACGGGGAAUUUUGCUAAAUGCACAGCGCGUUUUGAUGGCACUAAAGAUAGUGAUGUGCUGGCAUUUAUCGAUGCUAUUGAAACAUACAAGGACUGCGUUUGUAUGGAGGAUCGAAUUGCUAUACGCGGACUGCCGAUGCUUCUUGGUGGCAUCGCGGCUACUUGGUGGCAAGGCGUGAAGCAGUCUGUGCAUACCUGGACAGAAGCGACAGACUUACUGAAAAAGACAUUCGGCCCUCGCCUACCUCCACAUCGAAUAUAUAGGGAGUUGUUCAGUCGUGAACAAGGCGAAGAGGCGACGGACAUCUUCAUAUGUAAGGCGCGUGCUCUUUUAUCGCAGCUGCCGCCCCAAACACUUAGAGAAGAUGUACAACUGGACAUGGUAUAUGGAUUACUGAAUAAAAGGAUACGUGAGAAAGUGGCUCGAAGCUCGUGUUCCAACUUCAUGGAGCUUUUGGAGGAAGCCCGACGAGUCGAGGACCUUUGCAAUGAGGGUCAUAGUUCCGGCCGCCGCAGUUCAGCAAGUACGGGAACUACUCGGGUAGUGACACCCCUAUGUGUGCCGAGUCCACCAUCAUCACAUUCACAAUUCUCAAGUAUAAGAAAGUUGAGAGAAAAGUGUGUUUACUGUAAAAUUUUCGGACACAGAAAAGAAAAUUGCCUCAAGCUUAAAAAGAAGGAAGAGGAUACCAAGACGGUUGACGAACCUUGCAAUGAUACCAACCGUUACACGCUUACCUGUUUUGGGUGUGGAGCCCCUGGCGUCAUCAGGUCUCGUUGUCCGACGUGUACGAAGAAAACAUCGACAACGAAUGAACAGUCGUCAUCGUCCGCGUUUUUGUCGGUUACCGCGAGUGGUAUAUGUGUUAAUCCGCGUAGUAGGCCGAUUUUAAAUAUUGAUGUGCUCGGUCAACGUGGACGUGCGAUUAUUGAUACUGGUGCGAAACAGUGUAUAGCUAGUAAUAGUUUUAGAAAAUAUUUAGUUAAGUCUGGUACUAGUUUUAAAAUUGUAAAUUUAGAAUUAAAAUUUGCCGAUGGUUCAGUGCGAACUGAACCUGUGGAAACGGCUUGUGUCGAGGUUGGUUUGAAAGGAGUUGUAAUCCCUACGUUAUUUAUAGUUUUGCCAAAUGCUAAAGAUUCUUUGUUGGGAAUGGAUUUUAUCAGCGAUGCUGGCAUGGUACUUGAUUUUAGUAAUAGGUGUUGGUCGAUGUCACGCGUAGCUGGCAGCUUUCCACUGGAGUAUGAGUCUCUGGAAGAGACUAUUCGGUGCUCAGCGGUGCAGUUGCAGUUACGAGAAGAGGAAGGUUCUUCUUUAGACUCACAGCAACGGGAUGCUUCAUCGGCUUUAUUGGAGAAGAAUGAUGAUAUCUUCCAGCCAGGGGGAGCUCCCACUAAGUUUGCUGUUCAUCGAAUCGAUACUGGUGAGUGCGCACCUAUUUCAGUACCUCCCUAUAGGGUGAAUCCAUCCAAAAGGGUAAACAUGCGACCGAAGGUUGACAGAAUGUUAGCAGAAGGGAUUAGAAUCAACCGAGACAAGUGUGUUGUUGCGAGACCAAAGCUGAAGUACUUAGAUCACGUGGUAGGUAUUGAACCUGAUCCAGGUAAAGUGCAAGCUGUGCUGGACAUGAAACCUCCGAAAAACCUUAAAGAGUUGAGAACCUUUUUACAGACCUGCUCUUGGUUUCGGAAGUUUAUUCCUCAGUUCUCUGAGGUUGCACGUCCACUUACUGAUCUUACAACGAAAAAACGACGUUGGCACUGGGGGGAGGAUGAGUCGAAUGCUUUUGAGCAGUUAAAGGUAAGACUUACUUCUAGCCCGAUCCCCAGACAACCGGAUUUUAACGAGCCUUUUAUUCUCCGAACGGACGCGAGUGCCUUUGCUGUGGGUGCCGACUUGCCUCACAAGUCGCCUGAUAAAAUUACAGCCACCCAGCUCGCAGAUCCGGAAAUUAAGAAAAUUAUUCAGGAUUUUGAAAAUGAUGCUGCUCGUCUGCCAAAGGUAGCAGCUAAUCGAGUGAAGAGGCAACAGGAAAGACGCAAGGCUGUAGCUGAUAAACAUCGUCGUGAAGAGCCUUCAUACCAGGUAGGUGAUCUGGUCUUAUUAGAAAACCACCGACUUAGCUCUGCCGCUCAAGGGUAUACGGCAAAGUUCGGUCCCCGUCGGGAUGGACCAUAUCGCAUUCGUCGUCUUGUUAGCCCUACAUCAUUUGAAGUGGAAGAUAAGGAUGGGGUAUUGUUAGGGAAGUACCAUGUCAGUGGGUUGACGCCUUAUCUCUCUGAGGGAAAACUCCUCUCAAAGCGUAAGAAAGGUAGAUCUGCCAAGUCACUCCCGAGGCGUAUUCGUGACUUGGAGGGGGAGACUAUAGCGCCUGUAAUAAGUUAUACUCGGUUACAAUCGUAAACCCGAGCGGCCUCUCCGAUCGGCGGGCGAGCGUCUCUAUCUCCAUGUCGACGCCCGCCGCCCGCCGCCUCUACCCUUCAGUGCGUUCCGAACCAUCGAGCUAUGCGUACGCGCGGUUAUGCUUGCUCCCUUACGUACUCGGGGAAGUCCGUAGCGUUUGUAUUUCGCAUAUGUCCUAACUCUUGUAAAUGUUCGGUUUUAUAUGUUCAAUAUUGUGUAAUAGUGGGUUUUAUUUGACAUUAAACGUAUGUCGUUUUAAAGAACUGAUUUUCUUUGUUUAAAACCCGCCA